AGGGCGAGAGAGACUUGUCAGUGGUGAGUUAGCCACCGUGGUGUUCGGACAGCCGCCUCCUCCAUGCGCUGACCUGGUCAUGCUGCACCAGGCCGACACUCACAAGAACGGCUUCGUGCCGGGGGGGAACAAGACAGACACCAAGACCUCCUGCGACAACCGUCCGGGCGAGCUGUUGCCUCUCAACAAAGCCAGCGGCGGCAAGGGGGACGACAAACAUGACGACGGGGACGUGCGAGUGACUAUUCACGAAAAUCCUCUGGAGGAGGCCGCCGGCGACUGGGACAACAGCAGCAACCCUCAACAGCAGGAGCUGGAACCCCUGCAGCAACAACAACAGCAGCAGCCUCAGACACAAGUGCAGCAACAACAACAGCAACAGCAGCAACAGCAAGAACAUGUGCCGUGGAUAGGCUGGCGAAGGUCCCGCGCGGAGAAAAGCCUCCUGGGGCUGGUGGUGCUUCUAGUCUUCGCGGUGCUGGGCCUCUUGCUGCUGCUGCUGCUGCGGCCCCCCUACACAGACACUUCCAGAAUAUGCCUGACGGAGGAAUGCGUCAAAACAGCCGCGUCCUUGCUGGAGGCGAUGGACCAGACUGCGGACCCGUGCAAUGACUUCUUCCAGUUUGCCUGCGGGAUGUGGAACAGGAAGCAUGUGAUUCCUGAGGACCGCGCCUCCAUCAACACCUUCGAAGUGAUGGCGGACCAGCUGCAGAAGAUACUCAGAGGUCUCCUCCAGCAUCCAAUCACAGAGGAUGAAGGAGAAGCCACCAAGAAAGCCAAGUUGUUCUUCAGCGCCUGCAUGAACACUAGUCAGAUCGAGGAGACGGGCGACGCGCCAUUGCUGGAGGUGCUGGAGUCCCUGGGAGGCUGGCCCGUCACCACCCCGAACUGGACGGCCCCGAACUUCACUGUGGAGACCCUGAUUGGCCGACUGCGGGGCGAGCUGAACCAGGGCAUCCUCAUCGACCAGUGGGUGGGACCUGAUGAUAAGAACAGCUCUGUCAAUGUCAUACAGCUAGACCAGAUGGUGCUCGGAAUCUCUAGUCGGGAUUACUUUCUGAGAGCCAACUCCUCCCUCAGAGCACUUAAUGCCUACCUCAAGUUCAUGGAGGAUGUGGCAGUGCUGCAGGGCGCGGACAGAGAUGUUGCACAGAAGGAGCUUGGUGAGGUGCUGGCCUUGGAGAUCCGCCUCGCCAACGCCACCAUGCCGGAGGCCGACCGUCAUGACACAGGCGAGAACUACAUGAAGAUGAGCCUGGCGAAGCUGGAACAGGAGGUUCCGGAGUUCAAGUGGGCAGACUACCUUUCUGCUUUCCUGGACGAAGAUCUGUCAGACGACGAACCCAUAGUAGUGUACUCCAUGCCCUACCUGAAGCGUCUGGCCAAGAUCAUGGUGUCCUCUGAUACUAGGGUGCUGUGGAACUACGUGCUGUGGCGUCUGACACUGGAUAUGACGCAACACCUCAACCGUGACUACCGCGCACGCCGUCAUGAGUUCCAGAAGGUGCUGUUGGGGAUUCAGUCUGACCGCAACCGCUGGAACCUGUGCAUUGACUGGACCAACAAGCGGCUGGGCAUGGCGGUGGGGGCGCUCUUCAUCAAGGAGAAUUUCAAUCCUGAGAGUAAAGAGACUGCCCUUGAGAUGAUCCACACCCUCCGCUCUGCCUUCUCCGACCUGCUGGAGGAGAACGACUGGAUGGACGACGAGACGAGGACGGUGGCCAGGGAGAAGGCAAAUGCAAUGAACGAGAAGAUCGGAUACCCAGAAAUGUUGACGAAACCGAAUGAACUUGCCAAGGAAUAUGAAAAUCUGACCAUCGUGGAGAACCAGCAUCUUCAGAACAUCUUUAAUUGGCUUCGCUAUGACGCAAAGAAGAACCUGGGUCGUCUGAGGGAGGACGUCAACAAGUCAAAGUGGUCCACCGCCCCUGCUGUCCUCAACGCCUUCUACAACCCUAACUUCAACGAUAUAGUGUUCCCGGCGGGCAUCUUGCAGCCACUCUUCUACUCCCAGCACCUGCCCAAGUCCCUUAAUUACGGUGGUAUCGGAGUGGUGAUCGGGCACGAGAUGACUCACGGCUUCGAUGACAAGGGGCGCCAGUUCGACAAGGAAGGGAAUCUGAAGCAGUGGUGGAACAACAGAACCAUUCAAGCGUUCAGGGAACGGGCUCAGUGCAUCAUAGACCAGUACUCAGGCUACAAGGUGGACCAGGUGGAUCAGUUCAUUAACGGGAGAAUGACGCAGGGAGAGAACAUCGCGGACAAUGGAGGCAUCAAGCAGGCGUACAGGGCAUACAGGCAGUGGGUGGAGAGGAAUGGGGAGGAGAAGCUACUGCCAGGCAUCAACCUAACCCACGAUCAGCUCUUCUUCCUCAAUUACGCCCGGAUUUGGUGUGGCACAAUGAGGCCCGAAGACGCCCUCUCCAAGAUCCGCUCCUCCGUGCACUCUCUCGGCCCCAUACGUGUCCUUGGGCCACUCUCCAACUCCGUAGACUUCGCCAGGUCCUACAACUGUCCCGUCGGGAGUAGGAUGAAUCCUGACAAGAAGUGCUCGGUGUGGUGAGCAGCCAACGGCGGGUCACACAACAACCACGAGAGAAAAACAAACCUACUAUAUAAUGUAUCCACUCCCGUCGUUGGUGGAAGAGGCACUUUGUUGGCAGACUGAGUUGUCGCUUCCUCACUGUGGCGUCUGACGCCCAGGAAAGCGAGCGAGCCAGACAGCGAGAUGGAAACAAAGAAAGGAGAAGAAAGAAGAGAGAGAUAAAGGAAGGAAGAAAAAAAAAAGGAAGAGUCAGCUAGUCUCUUCUUAAAUGUUUGUUUUAUUUUUCAUUAUUAUUAUUUUUUAUUAAGUGGUUCGGACAAAACACGGAUUAGAGAGACCAAUAUUUCUCGUGAGAAUUUCAAACACUUAUAGGAUGCUGAAAGAAGUUCACUUAUUGUUGGUUUCUUUGGGAGAGAAGACUGCUGUGCUGGGCGAUCAGGUUCCUGCCGCAGCGUGUUCCCUUGAAAAACAAACAAACAAAACACAAGAAGUACGUGAUCCGCAUUGUGGGAAGGGUUUAGGGACGCUGGGAACACUUGAUCAAUCGCUGUUUGGUUUUAAAAGCAAAGUGAAUAACAGAAGUUUCUCGAUAUUUCUCACGUUCGUAGUUAGUUGUUCAGAAUGUAACAAAGAAUAUAUUUCAGGGGAUAGGUUUUUAAAAGGCGCUACAUUACAGUAGAGUACAGAUUAUUAUUACUGUUGUUAUUAUUAUUAUUAUUAUUAUUAUUAUUAUUAUUAUUAUUAUUAUUAUUAUUAUUAUUAUUAUUAUUAUUAUUAUCAUUAUUAUUGUUAUUACCAUUAUUAUUAUUAUUAUUAUUAUUAUUAUUAUUAUUAUUAUUAUUAUUAUUAUUAUUAUCAUUAUUAUUACUAUUGCCAUUAUUAUUACCAUCAUCGUUAUUGUGUGUUGAUUUUUGCUCCUAUUUAGUAAUCUUUAAGACAUUUUAACAAACAUUUCGUCAACAUUUCCUUAGUACGGUUCACAUGAAGCAGACCAUCUUAACAUAUCACUUUUAGCAUAUCUUGACGCCUGUAGUGUACAUCCUGCAGGGCACUACUGGACGCUACAUAACCUCCUGCAUAUCCUACCACGAGCCUCAUCAAUCAUCCUAAAACAGCAAAGUAAUAAAUCAAUUUGUCUCUUCUCGCCGCCGAGGGAACGAUACUCUUUUUAAUUCUUCGCCAGGGUUGCAUAUCUUUAGGUCGGCGCAGCAUAUCGGCGUCUCCAAGCGUCUUCUUAAUAUAUAAUACCUAAUUCCUACGCGAAGACUAGAUAGGAGCAUUCCUCUGUACAUAUCAUGACACGCAAAGAUUAAUUUUCUAUUUUUAUGUAUUAUAAUUUUCGUUCGUGUGUUUAGGAUGUGUCGUCUGGUGGCAUCACGCCUCCUCACGCUCCCCACUUUUACCCCUCUCCCUCCGCGGUGGGUUGACGGAGCGGAAUGGAAUAGGGAAGGUCUGUGAUGGAUGGAGGGGAAGAGUGGGAAUAUCACUUAGCCUCAAUACGUCUGGUAAUCAUCAUCUGACACAUUGGCAUUUCGCUUGGCGGACAGGAAUAGUGAGUAAUCUGUACGGGAUGUCAGGGAAUGAGUGACGCAUGGCCCUCUCCUCCUCGUGGGGCUUGUACGGUGGGGAGGAACCAGGAGUUGAUAUGGAAGCUGUGGAGGCGUGAGGCGCGACACACGGCAUAAUAAUAUGGAAUAUGUAUAAGCGCUAUUUUACACCUCUAACCUCAGUAUUUUGACGUUAAUGCCUCCUCUUCUCAUAGUAGUGCAGCUCUACCUCCCACCGUCGUCCUCACAAACUUCUUUUUCUUUUAUUUUUUUCUUUUUUUUCUUAUUUUUUUAUUUAUUUUAUUUUUUUGCUAUUCUCAGAGACGAGCUUGCCGAUUAAUAUCUUUCAGAUGAUUAAUGAACAAAACACGUAACCCCUAUCUUUGAUCUAUCCAAAGUUCUCUGACUAACUCUUUGUCUUUAGGAAUUUGAUAUCCCAGGUAAACUUUGACUUUAUAUUUAGUUUAAGGCUUCAGGAGAUGUGCAAAGAUAUACUUAAUGCACUGAAUGUUAGUAUUAUACAUGGUGCGUGUUGCUGUUCACCUCAGGUAAAGAAAAUACUCCGAAAAAUGCAGAUUUGUCCUUCUACGGAGGAGGGAAGAAGGUCAUUUUCUUGUAGAGAGGACAAGGGAGGUGUACGUUGGAAAUAUAAGUCACACACACACACACACACACACACACACACACACACACACACACACACACACACACACA